AUGGGCAGUGCGAUGCUCCAAGAGUUCCACGGCCACUGCUGGGAUGACCACCUCCCGAAGAGCUCAAAGUUAGCAGCAUCGCACGUCCCAAUUGGUUUGACGGUCCAGCACUUCUUCGUCAGAGAUAUCAUUCACUCGGAGGAUGAAACUGAAACACUGAGGCAGCUACAUGAACAAAAUGCAGCAACGCGAUGGUUCAACAUUCGCCAUCGCAACUCCCAGCCCGUCCUCUACGUCUACGAUAGAUUUGGUCCCCUGUGUGAACCGAUUGCUGACCCAACUUCAUCGGCCGCCACGAAAUUCCCAACAUUUGUGUCCUUCAUCGGCAAGUCGGGUGUUGGAAAGUCCACGCUGGUGAGGGCAAUGCUCCUGCUGGGAAAUCUCAAUGUGCCAAAGAUCAACGACGACGAUAUUUCCGACCUUUCAACGAACCAGAGCCGGUGGGAGACUUUGAGGGCCGCCAUAUCUUCGCAACAGGAGAUGCCAGUCACCAGAUCGGGCCAUGUCGACCAUGCAGCAGAUCCAACAACCCUCGGUGUCCAUCUCUACAAGGACGGCUCGAGUUUACGCACAUCGCAAGAGGAUGCCAGUAGCUUCACUCUGUUCGCCGACUGCGAAGGCUUCUUCGCUGGGGCUGCUCAAACAAAUGCUGAACGCUUCACUACAGACCAGGGCAGAGCAUCGGCCCAUGAAGAUGCCACAGAGGCAAACGUUUUGUACAAGGCACGUGUGGCCGCAGCCAGUUACGCUCGCGAUGGACAGCAAGGGACUGAACUGUUCUACGCAAGGUUCCUCUAUGCUGUCAGCGAUGUUGUUGUUUUUGUGACCAACGAGGACCAAAACAUCACCUUUCUGCUUGUAAGAGCCCUCGAGUGGGCGGCGACAGCAGUCCUUCACUCGGUCAAUUACCCUUCGCGGAAGACCCUCGUCAUCGUACGCAAUGGGGCCCUGGGCUAUAGCCGGCAAUUUCUCGAUAAUGAAUUACUUGAAAGGUUGUUUUUGGACCGCCAGGAUUUUCUAUGGAAGACGUCGCCCGUCCUGCAGGACUUUGUCAAUGAUUACAACAGCAAACAAGAUCGAUUUACCAAGCACAUCUACCGAAACCGGGACCUCUACGAUGCAUUGUACGUCAAGAUCAUUUGCUGCUGUAUACCACACGUCAGCGAAAUGGAGGAACAAGGCGACGAAACAUUGUUCGCACAAUACGUGAAACUACGCACGCAGAUCGACGACGCCUCACAGCGCGCGAUCGAUAUGCGUUCCAAAGGGUGGAUGAAGUACAAUGUCUCUUCCCUCUCGCAGAUCCUCUUUUCGGCUUUCGAACACUUUCGCACCAGUGAGAAAGCAUUCGAUUUCAACGAGGUGGCACGCAUCAGCAAGCCCAACCCCAAAUCAUUCUCUGAUCAUAUUGCCAAUUUCCUUCGACUUGCGUUUGAGUCGCCCGCCUCGAGCAAAAUCAGGGCCAUGAUACCUGAUAUCAUUUCUCUGAACUUGGUUGUUUGGUCCAUGAGGAAUCUCACCCACGUGGUGGACCCAGCACGGCUCUUUGACGGCAUGACCAACGGCGAUAAGGAACCAUUCUCACUGGCUCACCGCUGUCAGUGUGCCAUACAAGAAUACCAAGAAAAAUAUCAGCAAUGUGGAUAUAGAUUCUCGGAGAACGACCUUUGCACAAAUGGCCCAACUACUGCCCACCAACGCCUUCAUUUGUCUACUUCUAAAAAGAGGGCGGACGGGGAACUCAUCCCAAGGCAUAUGUUGGACCCACAUCUGGUGAGUGAGAUUCGCCAUAGAUUCUUGGAGCAUUAUGAAAAUUUCGCGAGCGACGGCAGGACAGGGUACCGGUCCAUGAUCAAGCCCGCUCCUGGCAAGGUCACGAGAGUACGGCAGGCCGUUAUGCAAAAAUACUGUAAGCAAUGGACUCCAAUGACCAGCAACAUUACCUGUCUGGCUUGCUUGCAGGCAGUGCCGGAGAAUGUACUGCAUUGUGGCCAUGGAUACUGUGUUCAGUGCGUUCGAGAGCUGGGACGGCCCUCCGAGAGCUUCGAAUCCGCUUGGACAUUCGAAGUGUGCCCGCUCUGCAGUGCCCGAAUGGGCGACAAUUAUUCGCAUUUGAUCAGGGAGCGACCACGAUGCGCUGGUGCCCGUCUUCUGACGCUGGACGGAGGUGGCAUUCGAGGCAUCAUUGAGCUUGCCAUUAUCCGAGAGAUGGAGAAGAGGCUGAACUUGCAGAUUCCCUUCCGUGACUAUUUUGAUCUCAUCGUCGGGACUAGCACAGGUGGCAUUAUUGCACUCGCCCUAGCGAUGGGAGACAGAGAUGCAAACACACAGACAAGCCUCAUGACAGAUGCCUUCAAGUCCUUUGCAGUCUCGACAUUUGCUCACCCCCGGGCUGGCAGUUUGCUGACGAAGAUUGGACUUGGCCACUUUGUGACGAGCGUGGUCAUGUCGUUCGGCCUGUACCAAGCCUUGUUUGACUCGGCGCCGCUCGAAAACGGGUUGAAGCGGUUCUUUGGUGCUCACACAAGUCUCUUCGGGUCUGCACGGACUCGCCAUCACCAGUGUUCGACCCGAGUUGCUGUGUUCGCCACGAAGGAGUUUGGAAAACGAGCACACCUCAUCACCAGCUACAACAGACCCAACUUGGCGUCGAGCAGCGACUUCGAGCGGGAAGACGACGAAAGCAAAGGUAUGCGAAUCUGGGAGGCAGGGCUCGCUACGGCAGCCGCCCCGUUCUAUUUAGCCCCCUUUAAAAAGGCAGAGACAGGAAUUCUGUAUUUCGAUGGGGCGUUGUACAUGAACUGUCCGGCCCCCGGAGCGGUCGAGGAGAUCAGGAAGCUGUGGCCCGACCACACGCCUUCGCUCGAUGUUCUCGUCUCUAUCGGGACGGGCAUCCAGGACUCAGAAGUCAAGAUCCCCAGAGCCAUCCGCAUCGGCGGCUUCGAGGAGAUCUGCCGGACAUUCCACAGCAAGCUGGACUCGGAGAACCAGUGGCAAGAAUUCAUUGCCAGUGGCGCGACCGACGGCAUUCGUGACCGACUGCACCGGCUCAACCCACCCAUCGACGAGAACCUGCAGAAGGUUACGCUGUGGCACUGGAACAAGAUGGGCAAGCUGGAGGAGAUGGUGCAGCGGCAGAUGCGAGAGCCCGAAUGGAAAGCCCGCCUCGACGACGCCGCCAACGCCCUGCUGGCCAGUCUCUUCUACUUCGAGCCGCACACCGAGGAGGCCGCGGCGUCCAACAACCUGUCGCAUACAGGCACACGGCACAUCAACGGGAGCUUACCCGAGAUCCAUGGCACGAUCCGCUCGCGUCUGCGCCACGGCAGCGGCGAACUGGUCCGUCUCCUCACCCGCGUCCAGGGCUUCUUCUACACGAAGCUCUCCAUGUCGCGAGCAACCCCCUCGGCCUUGCUGCAGCACGACCCCUGGACUGAGAUUGCCGUGUUCCACCCCAUCAAGGACAAGGUGGUCAGGUCGGGCCAGCGGUUCCGCGUCCCUGUCCGACUCGAGGAGUCGUCCGAGAGCAAGUUGCUGGUCCUGGCCGUGCGGCUCGACAAUUGCUCCGCGCCGCUCCCCAUCAGCGGGUUCCCCACGUUGCUGCAGGACUUGCAUUUGCGGGCCAAAUCAUGGGAUUAA